GCUGGUUAGGCGGAGCAGGCUGAGAGCCGCGCGUCUGCGCGCGAGACCCCCGGGUCCCGCCGCCUGCGGUUUCUCGCGCUGCGCUCGCUCCACCACGCUCCGCCGCUGGGGUGGGCAUCCCCAGACAUGAGCGCCCCCGCGACGCUGCCCCCCGGGGGCGAAGAAGGGCUCGAGACCACCUGGCCCCCGGCGGCUAACGCUAGUCGCGUCCCGGCAGAGGAGGAGGAGGAUACGCGGUCCGACGGCACCGGGACGGCUGGCAUGGUCACCAUCCAGAGCAUCUACGCGCUAGUGUGCUUGGUGGGUCUGGUGGGCAACGCCUUGGUUAUCUUCGUGAUCCUUCGCUACGCCAAAAUGAAGACGGCCACCAACAUCUACCUGCUCAACCUUGCCAUCGCCGAUGAGCUCUUCAUGCUGAGCGUGCCUUUUGUGGCCUCAUCAGCCGCCCUGCGCCACUGGCCCUUCGGGUCGGUGUUGUGCCGCGCGGUGCUCAGUGUGGACGGCCUCAACAUGUUUACUAGUGUUUUCUGUCUGACCGUGCUCAGUGUGGACCGUUACGUCGCGGUGGUGCACCCUUUGCGAGCCGCCACCUAUCGGCGUCCCAGCGUGGCCAAGCUGAUUAACUUGGGCGUGUGGUUAGCAUCCUUGCUGGUCACCCUGCCCAUCGCGGUCUUCGCAGACACCAGGCCGGCUCGGGGCGGCCAGGCAGUGGCUUGCAACCUGCACUGGCCUCACCCGGCCUGGUCGGCAGUCUUCGUGGUCUACACCUUUUUGCUGGGCUUCCUGCUACCGGUUCUGGCCAUUGGCCUGUGCUAUCUGCUCAUUGUGGGCAAAAUGAGAGCUGUGGCACUGAGGGCUGGCUGGCAGCAGCGGAGGCGCUCGGAAAAGAAGAUCACUAGAUUAGUGCUGAUGGUAGUGGCAGUCUUUGUGCUCUGCUGGAUGCCUUUCUAUGUGGUACAGCUCCUGAACCUGUUUGUCACCAGCCUUGAUUCCACUGUCAACCAUGUGUCCCUCAUCCUCAGCUAUGCCAACAGCUGUGCCAACCCCAUUCUCUAUGGCUUCCUCUCUGACAACUUCCGUCGCUCCUUCCAGAGGGUUCUCUGCCUGCGCUGCUGCCUCCUGGAUGCUGCUGGGGGCGCUGAGGAAGAGCCCCUGGACUACUAUGCCACUGCUCUCAAGAGUAGAGGUGCGGCAGGAUGCAUAUGCCCCCCACUCCCCUGCCAGCAGGAGCCUGUUCAAGCAGAACCCAGCCGCAAGCACGCCGCCCUCACUGGGACCACCACUUUCUGAAGACCCUUUUCACCUUCCACCCAGCCUGGCCACCUCUUUCAGGGGCUGAACCACCUGUACAGCCCAGCAACUGCACCUCCUGGAUGCUCACCUAAAGAACAACCACCUCUUCCCACUUAAGCCCUCUCCUCCCAGCAGUGUGUGACAUCCACAAGAGCACUGAACUCCUCUACUGUUCCCCUCUCCCCAGGACUCUUGCUUUCAGGAGAACGCCGUAAUGGGGGUAGGACUUCUCUGGGAACUGGGCUAGGGUGUUGACCAUUUUGGAGCCUCUGUCUAUUUUUGGAGGGGUGGGAAGCAGGAGGUGGCUAUAGGGGAAUAGCCACCUGUGUGUGACUUAUUGCAGUGACUGCUUGGAAGACGACUCAGAAAAGUAGAGGCAGGCAGUAGCCCUUGCUUUUAGCAGGCUUUUUGCCUUGUGAUGGGAAUCUAGCAUGUGCAGAGAGAGAAGCAAGGAAGAACACUUCCAAGCAUAUUCCCUUUGCCUGUUCCUGGGCUCCCGUUGCUAAGUGAGAUUUCUGUGCAACAGCCUGAGGCACUUGUUCUGUGCACCACCUCCCCACCAUCCCCUGACCUGACACCUGCUUGUAAUCAUAAGUGUCCAGAUUGGUAUCCAGGGCUAGUAGCAGGUUUCCUGUGAGUGAAAAAGGUUUGUAAAGACAUGCUGCAGGGUUUGCUACAAGGCAUAAAGCCAGGUCAGUAAUAAAAAAGCAGAGGAUAAAAUCACAUCUAGCUCCUAUGAUGUGUUUUUUCCCCCCCUGAUCCUUGGGUGUGGGAAUGUGAGACCUCAUUAUAUCCCCAAUUUAUACCAUGGUGGAAAAUGGGAGGGGACAGGAAAAGAACAGAGUGAAGGGAAGUCAGCCCACAUUUUGAAAGAGGAGCAGCUCUGUCACUCACUAUUUGAAAAUAUCAACAUUCAGUAAAACAUCAGCAGGAUGUAGCUAUUAAAUGCAGACUGAACACAGUAAAAGGCUGUGACUUUGUGUCUGGUAGGUUAACCAAAGCGUGGGUUAUUUUUUGCUAAAAUGAAAAGGCUGCUUGUAAGCAGCUUUCCCUCUGAUAAAAGCAGAGCAAGGGGCUGAGAAAAUACUUGUAACACUUAGGUUGGUAUCUGGAGUGAGAAUAUGUGAUUACACAGGGUCUGAAGUGCUUUUUGGGAGACCCCCCACCUGGCUUAACCUAGCAAAAGAUACUUUUAGGUUUGUUUGGGACUGUCCUGAUGAGCCAGAAAGAUAUGUCAGGUGGGAGGGGGAAGAACAGUCCAAGGGUGAGCCCCUUUGUAUUUCACAGUAUCCUUGCAGCAAGUGCCCACAGCUUCCUGGCAGAGGUCUUUAAGAGAAAACACCCUGGUCCUCUCAGCCUCACAGCCUUAAAGUCAUGACUGUGUGUCUUCUAGGGCAGCUAGCACAUGUUCCAGAAAUGGGUACAGUGGAGCUGCUUGGAGACUAAUGAGGGUCCACGCAGGGCCAGGAGGCAGGGCAAGAAGCCCAGAUCCGGGUGCCUACUGCCACCUGGAUCUUGGCUUCUCUUUAAGAGCCUGUAAAAGCAGGUGAUGGCACUCUCCUGAGGAUUCUGCACAGGAGCCAGAGUUUUAUGUGAUAUGAGCAGCUGGCUGGUAUGCAGAAUCACGUAAGAGAGCCGAGUUCUGGUCUCAAGCAAAAAUGUCAUAAAACUCAGGCAGGGAACUCAACCCCUGAUCCUCAGAGUUCCCACCUGGAAAAUCAGCAGAUCUUUCUAGUACUGGCACAGGAUGACUCCUGGGGAUUUCACCUUACACUUUUUUUUAAUCUAUGAGACUAUAGAUUCCACUUCUUUCUUUUAAAAUUAAAAAUAAAAGGUUUAGGUCAACUGUCUUUGGACAUGUAACCUCUGGAUACUUAUCCCCUCCAAAUGGUCAGCCAGCAGAAUGCUCAAAGAGUGUCAAUCAGCAUUGGCUGAUGUGGAGGGCUAGGUAGUCAAGGAGGGCUGGAGGGUCAUUAAGGUCUGCACAUUCUGGUGAUCUUCAUCUACUCCAGAUAUGAACAAGUCUCCACUGUAUUCUAGAGCUUUUUGAUCCCACACAUAUUUAUAGGCACAUGCAUACAUGCAGCACACACAUAUAUGCACAGACACAAGCAGCUAUCUCUAACCUGUCUGUACCCUCCAGAAUCACUCUGGGCAUCCAGAAUCAGUCAGUUCCCAAGUCUGUGCCUCAUGUAACCAUAAUUUCUUGAACAUCUUUAAAACUGAACUAUUUCUUUGUUCUCCAGUGCCUGGUGGGGACACUUUAUAAAUGUGCUUAGAUCACACUGCAAGAACCACAGAGAUUGAUGGCAAUGAAGUGUAUGGCUCCUGGUACUGGCAACAAUCCCAGUAGGUGGGGGUUCUGGGCCUUUGCCACAACUUGGGUGGGUCAGCCUUCCAGUGACAGAGAGGAGCACAGACCAAGAGUCUUAGUAAUACUCAUACAUAGCUGCCCAGGUUACAACAGAAUUGGACACAUUCAAUAUUUAAAACACAGCCUUUUAACUUAGGUGAUGAUGGUUGACGGAGAGGCAGCUUCCAGAGAUGGGGAGGAAAGUCACCAACAAUAGGGACCUCGGCUACCGCCUGGACCCAUGAGCAGGGAUUUAAGCUCACUAAGCCUCCGCUGUUCCUGCUUGAAAUAUGCACAAAGUGAUGUUUUGAGUUUUGAGCUCUUCCCAGACAUGAACUCUUUUUCUUAUACACUGGAGAGAUGGAGAGAGUGGUAGGCAGCAUUCUUUCAUACUUAACUCUCUUUCCAUCACUUGUGAAACGUGUAUUCACACUGCCCUCCACACUUUAGUAAUAAAUCAUGCAGGGGCAGAAGGAGAUUCCUACUGACUAUUCUCUUCACUAGCUGAAGAGCCUUUUUUCAAUUCUCAGGGAUGAACAACUGAACAGCACCAAGACAUCCUGAGCAUGGGUUUGGAGUCCUGCCACUUUGUGCUAGUGGCCAUCAAUCCCAAGAUCCUUGUAACAACUGGUUGUACAACCUUGUCCCCCUUCUUUAUGUGCAAACCUGAAGUGAAUUAAAGGCAGUGAGCUAUAUGGCCAGGGUCCUGAAAGCCACUUACUUUUUUUAUAUUCCACAGCCUUGGAGGUAGCAAUGGAGGUGCACUUUGAUGAUGGUCUCCCUCUGCUUGCUAGGACUAGAAGUCACAGUUUAAGAUUUCAACAUGAAUAGGAAUAUUUUCUACCUCAGGUACAAACAGUCUUUGACCCACCCUUCAAU